AUGAUUUUGAUGGCAAAACCAGUUCACUAUCCUUACCAUCUUCUUUUCUUGAUUCUUUUCAUUUCUCUUGAUCAUUCAAGCCAGCUGCAACCCUUUCAGGUUCAGUCCCUUCUGAGAAUCCAGCAGCUUCUUAACUACCCAGCUUUCUUAAGCAGCUUUAGCAACACCACAGAUUUCUGCAACAUCGAACCAACUCCAUCUCUAACUCUAGUGUGCUAUGAAGGGGUUAUAACACAGCUUCAGAUUAUAGGAAAUAGUGGGGUUUCUCCAGAUUUCUCCUCAGACUCUUUCUUUGCCGCUGUUGCUGGUUUAUCUAGCUUGAAGGUCCUGUCUUUGGUUUCUCUUGGCUUAUGGGGGCCGCUUCCUGAAAGUAUUGGUCAUUUAUCUUCGCUUGAGAUAUUUAAUGCAAGUUCAAACUACUUCAGUGGUUCAAUUCCAGUAUCUUUUUCAUCUUUGAGGAGCCUUCAGACACUGAUUCUGGACCAUAACAAGUUCACUGGUGAGGUUCCUGGUUGGCUAGGUUUACUUCCGGUUUUGGCUGUGUUGAGCUUGAAGAACAAUUCCCUUAGUGGGUAUCUGCCAAAUUCUCUGACAAGAUUGGAAAGUCUAAGAAUUUUGUCUCUCUCAAAGAAUCACUUGUAUGGGCAAGUGCCCGAUCUUCAUAGCUUGACUAACCUUCAAGUUCUUGAGUUGGAAGACAAUCACUUCGGACCCCAUUUUCCAGAUUUGCACAACAAGUUGGUGACUCUUGUUCUAAGAAAUAAUAGCUUUCUAUCUGGCAUACCUGCUGAAUUAGUCACCUACUAUCAUCUGCAGAAGCUGGACAUCUCCUUUAAUGCAUUCGUAGGACCAUUUUCUCCAUCUUUGUUCUCAAUCCCUUCAAUCAAUUAUCUUGAUAUUUCACAUAACAAAUUUACAGGAAUGCUUUUCGAAAAUAUGUCCUGCAAUGCUGAACUUGCCUAUGUAGAUUUGUCCUCAAAUCUUUUGACUGGAGACUUACCUACUUGCCUAAACUUGAGUUCCGAGAGCAGACUUGUCUUGUGUUCUGGCAAUUGCUUGUCAGACAAAGAACAAGAGCAGCAUCCAUCCUACUUCUGUCACAAUGAAGCACUAGCUGUGAAAAUCUUGCCUCGAGAUGAGGGUAAGCAUAGGAGACAUGAUAAGGGAGUUCUCGCAUCAAGUACUAUAGGAGGAUCUGUUGGAGGAAUUGCAAUUGUUGGCUUGGUUUUCUUGUUUGCCAGGAGGGUUUAUGGUCAGGAUGAUGUGAAAAAACCCCAAACAAGGUCAAUUCUGGAGAUUGGGUCAACAGUGAACACAGUAAAACUUCUUUCUGAUGCAAGGUAUAUAUCACGAACAAUGAAGCUUGGAGCUAGCCUUCCUGCUUAUAGAACCUUUUCUCUGGAGGAGCUCAAGGAGGCAACGUAUAACUUUGAUGCCUCAAAUUUACUUGUUCAAGGUUCAAACAGUCAGGUUUAUAAAGGAAAGCUCAACGACGGGACUCUUGUCGCUAUUAGAAGCUUAAGAGCCAGGAAAAAGAUCAGCCAACAUAACUUUACCCACCAUAUUGAGUUGAUUUCAAAACUCAGACAUGGCCAUUUGAUCAGUUCUCUUGGACACUGCUUUGAUUGCUGUCAGGAUUAUUCCAGCACCAGCCAAAUAUUCCAUAUAUUUGAGUAUGUCCCAAAUGGGACACUAAGAGACUACAUCUCUGGAAUUCCAGCCAAAAAGCUGUCUUGGCCGCAAAGAAUAGGAGCUGCUAUUGGAGUUGCAAGGGGUAUCCAAUUCCUGAACACAGGGAUUGUCCCUGGUGUAUUUACGAACAAUCUGAAGAUAACAGAUGUUUUAUUAGACCAUGAUCUGCUUGUGAAACUCUGUACCUAUAACCUGCCACUGUUGACUGAAUAUCAGGUGGGUUCUGCAGUUUCUUUUCCUGGACCAAAACAAAUUCUGGGGACAAGGGACAGAGAUGAGGGUAAGAAAGACAUCUAUGACUUGGGAGUAAUCCUACUUGAAAUCGUUGUUGGAAGGACAGUGAUGUCCGAAAAUGAAGUCAUUGUCUCAAAAGAUCUGUUACAAGUAAGCAUGACAGUUGAUGACGAUGUUGCUCGAAGGAACCUUGUUGAUCCAGCAGUUCACAAGGAAUGCUCAGAUGAAUCUUUGAAGACGGUGAUGGAGAUAUGCAUUAGAUGUCUUUCCAAUGUGCCAUCUGACAGACCAUCAGUUGAGGAUGUCCUCUGGAACUUGCAGUUUGCAGCACAAGUUCAGGAAUCAUCCUGCAUAGAGGAUUUCCAGAACAAGCAAGAACCAAAUGUCUAG